GCGUCUUUGCAUAGAAACUCAAGUAGGAAAAGUCUCACAAAGCAGGAAUAAAAGACGAAGGAUGUUGUUACACUUUUUCAAACAUUCUUGCGAUGGAAAAACAAAGCAAGUCGGGUUAAAUUAGUGUUGAAUGGAUACGAGCUCAUCUCACCUAAACAGCACGUCGCGUAACGAUUUCUUCAGCAAAAAUACAGCUUUGAAAGAACUGUUUUAUUGGUUUAAAUUAAAAGGUUCACGAAUUUUGUACAAUCAACUCUUCACGUAGUGAUCUUGUCGCGUAGUCUCUUUUCUACCAAGUAUCCUUUUUCAUCGAUUGCUUUGUUUUCCUAUGAAUGAUAUCUAGUCAACACCGUCUAAGUACGCAACCAGCGAUUCGCGCGUACGAAGCAUUUUCCGCGCCCGGUUUUAGCUUUAAUUCGAAGUUUCUAAAUGAAGCAUUUGGUGGCACCGGAUUGAAGCGAGGAUUUGUUUCUGAAAUUUGCGGUGCUCCCGGAAUGGGUAAGACGAGCCUUUCUUUAGCUCUCACAGCAAAUGCACUGCUUUCAGGAACCAGAGUCCUUUGGAUAGAAACGUGUCAUCCGAUCCCUCUAUCUAGGUUAAGGGCUUUGUUACAAAGUCAAGUCCCAUCAUCUCAGGAGGAAGAUAAUUUAAGUAGCACGUUGGACGAAUACUUGCAGCUCUUAGAUGUUUAUUAUGCGCCUUAUUUGGCAAAUUUACUGGUAUAUUUGAAAAGUUUUGACGAUGAUUCGAAUCUGGAUGAUGUCGGUUUAAUCAUUAUUGAUAACUUGUCUAUGCCAAUUCAAUUGGCCUUUCCUACGUGUCCAGAUGACUAUGCAUAUUUGAGGCAACGCCGAAACACCAGCUCACGUAAAACCUCGAUGGAUUCCUUAGGAAAAGAAAAUAUGAAUUCCGGCAUCGAAAAAGAAGUUGCUUCCAAAGAGCUGGAUGAGCCUUUUCCCAAUUCUCAAACGAAUCUAAACAAACGAAAACGUGUUGUUGGAGAAAUCAGUUCUAUUUUGAGUAGAAUUGCAGCUACAUAUCAAAUAGCUAUACUUGUUACUACUCAAAUGACCUCGAAAGUGGUGACUGGAAUGGGUGCAAAGCUUAUCCCGUUUCUUAGCAACAAUUGGCUUGACAAGGUCUCUUCGCGCUUAGUUUUGUAUUGCCGGCAUCCUACGGAAAAUGAUAAGUUCGUUGACAAUUCUGAAUCGAAUCUCAGUUAUCAAUCACUACGUUACGCUUACAUGGCAAAACAACUGCCAGGCAUCUCCAUCGACUCUGAACUUGUAUUUCAAGUUACAGAAAAUGGGUUAAUGGAUUGUCGGAGCUUACCAAUAAACAGCUCACAGCGCAGAAAACGUAGCUUGAUGGAGACAGACUUAUGAUGAUUAAAUGUCUUCACAAUGCGCAGUAAUGUUAAUCCAGCCUUUACGCUGUUAUAAUAUUUUAAAAUGUUAUAUUAUAUUAAAUUCUGACUCAUGAUAUGUUUUGAUCUUGACAAAACCUGUCGAAAUGUUCUAAUCAUUGUUUACACAGCUCUGAUUUCAUCAUCUUGUAAUAUCUUUAUACAGGAAAAAUCACGGAUUGUCAUGUUUAUGAAAUAAUGAAUAAAGGAUUUGUAACUAGAAGCUGGAAGAUAAUGAAUUAAGGCGAAUUAUUAGUUCUCAUUGCCAGUGAUUAAAGCACGAACUGACUCACCGAAAGAUGACAGCACAUUUUCGAAAUUAAUUAAGUGUUGAAAUUAUGACGUCUGGGAAGCCUUUAAGUAAUUAAAAGAUCCCAAGGAUCACCCAAAAGCCAACCGGCCAUCGUCUAUUUUCAUCUUCUUUUCAAAAGAACGCGGUUGUUGACUAUAAAAGAAGUCAGUG